GUGGCGGAGUUGGCGGGGGAAGAUGUCGGGCUGCGAGGCUCGCGACGCCAAGAAGCUGGUGCGCUCGCCCAGCGGGCUGCGCAUGGUGCCCGAGCACCGCUCUGCCCGCAGCCCCUUCGGCUUGGACGAGCCGCCCUGGGUGCCCGACAAGGAGUGCCCAAGAUGUAUGCAGUGUGAUACAAAAUUUGACUUCAUAACUAGAAAGCAUCACUGUCGAAGAUGUGGAAAGUGCUUCUGCGACAAAUGCUGCAGUAAAAAAGUGCCUCUGCCUCGCAUGUGCUUUGUGGACCCUGUGCGCCAGUGUGCUGAAUGUGCCCUCAUCUCUCAAAAAGAAACAGAGUUUUAUGACAAACAGCUUAAAGUGCUCAUGAAUGGUGCUACAUUCUUUGUAACUCUGGGAACAUCAGAUAAAUCUGAGCUAAUGGUAUGUCGACUGUCCAACAAUCAGAGAUACCUGGUUUUGGAUGGAGACAGCCACUAUGAAAUUGAAAUUGUACAGAUUUCAACUGUUCAGAUACUUACGGAGGGAUUUACUCCUGGAGAAAAAGAUAUUCACACUUACACCAGCCUUCUGGAGAGCCAGCAUAUUACUGAAGGAGGUAAUACUCGUGCCAUAGGUAUGAUUCUGCAGUAUAAGGUACCAGGAUCAGAAGAGCUUGCACAGAUGAAAUUCACGGCUAGUGAAGACUUCAGCUGUAACAAGAAGCUGUCAGCAACCUGGCUGGCAGCUAUGCAUAAGGCAACAAAACUUCUUUAUGAGUCCCGGGACCAGUAAGAAUGGCAAACUGUUGGCAAUUUGAGGGAAGAGACCAACCUCUAAGGACUUGCAUCUCACUUUUUGCUAAUUUGACAGCUGGUAACAUUUGCUGUUCUUGACCCUUUCUCAUUCCAGUGUGGUUCACGAUGUAAGAACUGGCAAAUGCAAUGUGAAUAACUUUUUGAACCAUGAGUAUUCACUAUAGUGUGCAAUAUGUAUACAAUUAAUGCUUUAAACAGCCUCACCUUUUAAGACUUUGUAUAUUUUGUUAAACGUUUAUUGGCACUUAAUAUGAAAUAUGAAAAUAAAACCUACACUACAGCUAAUGUACAGCACAACUUUUAUAGUAACAGUUAUGUAUCGUUUGCCACAAAAAGCAAACAAAUGUGUAUGUCUCUUCUGCAGAGAAUAACUUUUGGGUAUAGAUCUCAGGUUUUCCCCUCUAUCCAAAUGUUUAAAAUCAAUGUACAAUAAAAUCUGCCUUAGAUAUGAUUUUAUAGAAGUUACUUCUUGGCUUUCUAAACAUAUUUCACCAGAUACCACAAAAUUAGAAUUUCAUAAACAAGAUCUUGAAAAUUCCCUUCUGUAAUAAAUAGCCUUCUGAAUAAUGUUUAGUUUUGUAUUUUCUUUUUGGUAACUAGUUUUUGUUAAUCUAACUGUAA